AUGCGCGUGGCAAAGGAAUUCACCCCCGAGGUGCUCCUGAGCGCACCCCGCCGCGGCGCCGCCGUCCCGAGCCCGGACGGCAAGCUCAUCCUCUACACCCAAUCCACCCACAGCUUCGACGACAACAAGACCCUCAAGGAGGUCCGCCUCAUGCACGUCGAGUCCGGCGCCUCCGAUCAGCUCACCGACGACGACAAGGUACACGACGCCCUGUGGCUGCCUGGCACAGCGAGCGACGUCGUCUACUUGAAAUCCGGCGACAAGGGCACCACCCAGAUCUGGAUCGCCAACGGCGCCGAGCCGGCCAAGGAGCAUUACGUCGCUGCAGAGUAUGAUGCGCCCAUCAGCGCGCUCAAGGUCAAGGCGCUGGGUGAUGGGAGUGUCGGCUUCGUCGUUGCUGGGCUGGUAGGGCCCGACGGGUCUCUGUUCAACGACAAGACCGAGGAGAAGAGGUCCACGGGGCGAAUCUUUGACGAUUAUCACAUGAGGCGUUGGAACGAACUGAUCAAACCUCACAAAUACGCCCUCUGGUACUCGACUCUCGUCAACGCGCACGGCAAAUGGGGCGUCGCAGGCGAGCUCCAAAACGCUAUCAAGGGAAGCCGUCUCGAGGCGCCGUCGGGCAUGUACGACGUCAGCGACCCGACGGACGCAUUCGACGUCAGUGAGAAAGGCAUCACCUUCAUCGCAGAGGACACCGGGCUGAAGCCGGAGGACGCGGGCGCCUCCCACGUCUACUACGUCCCGCUCACAUCGUUCUCGGCCGCCGCGAGUGCCAAGCCCAGGCCGCUUGUCAUGGGCAUAUCGGAGGCCAAGGCGUAUUACUCCAACGUGAGGUUCUCGCCCGACGGCUCCAAGAUUGCAUUUUUGCACGAGCCGCUCGACAACCCCGCGGACGCGAGGUUGUAUAUGGGCCACACGGCGUCCUUUGGCGCUUACGAUGUGCACAAGAUGAUCUUUGGCAACGGGCCGAGCUUGCCGCCCAAGGGGUUCGAGUUCGCGGGCAGCUCUGAUGCCAUCUUCUUGCAGACGGAAGACUGCGGACGGGUGAAGCUGUCGCACGUGGAGCUCCGUCACGAUGCAGAGGCGACGACACUGACGUCGAGCGGCGUCGUCUCGGCUUUCUACCCUCUCAAGGAGGGCAGCUAUGACAAGGUCCUGGUGACGAGCAAUAGUUUCCUUGACAGCAGUCUGUGGCAGAUUAUCGACGUCUCGUUGAACACGGCGCCAAAGACUGUGUCGUCGGCUACGAAACACGGCGCAAAGUACGGGUUGUCUCACAGCAUGGUCUCUGAGUUUUGGUACGAGGGCGAAGGCGACAACAUUGUGCACUCCUUCAUCAUCAAGCCGGCAAAUUUUGACAAGACCAAGAAGUACCCUUGGAUUCUCUUACCUCACGGUGGGCCGGAAUCAUCUUGGACGGAUUCAUGGUCGACAAGGUGGAACAUGGCCCUUUGGGCCCAACAAGGCUACGUCCUCAUCGCGCCAAACAUAGCAGGCAGCACAGGCUACGGCGUCGACUUCACAGCCCGCAUCUACCGCUCCUGGGGCGGCGCUCCCUUCCAAGACCUCGUCCGCCUCAUGGACCACCUGCAACAAGUCCCCUACCUCGACCAGGGCCGCGCCGUCGUCGCGGGCGCCUCGUACGGCGGCUACAUGAUCUCCUGGAUGAACGGGCACGACCUGAUCCGCCGCUUCGCCUGCUCCAUCUGGCACGACGGGAUUUUCAGUCUGCCUGUGUUCAUGCUGCAGAGCGACGUCGUCGUCGGCGGGCCCGAUUUCGGGGGGCUGCCCUUUCUGUGGGAUAAUGCCGAGGAAAUGGAGCGGUGGAACCCGGCGCGGCCGGAGCUGUUGCGGAAUUGGAGGCACGCGCCGCCGACGUUGAUCAUUCACAGCGAGAAGGAUUACAGGUGUCCUAUCACGGAGGGGAUUGCUGCGUACAAUACGCUCAUGUGCCAGGGCGUCAAGACGAGGUUCUUGACGUUUGAUGAUGAGUGUCAUUGGGUGCUGAACCCUGAGAACUCAAUGGUUUGGCACAAGACUGUUUUUGACUGGAUGGCGAGGUUUACCGGGGAGCGCAGGGUUUGA